AUGUCUCACGACGAAGCUCAGAGCCCUCCGACAGGACGGUCAUCACACGAUCCCGCAGAAUAUGGGGUUUUCGCCCAUCGUUCCUCUCCCACAGUUACUCCCACCGCAUCGUCGGCAAACACUUCUCACCAAGACAAUCAAAGCACCCUGGCUUCUGCGGUGACAGCCAUGGAGCUACAUGACCCUCGAGGUCUUACUCCGUUGCAGAGGUGGGCUGCAGAUGCGUCCGACUCUCAAUUUAAUGCGCUCUCGGGAGCCGUAGGUGGCUUUACAUCUGGCAUCGUCACAUGCCCGCUCGAUGUCAUUAAAACAAAGUUACAGGCCCAGGGAGGAUUUAGGGCUAUAAAUAAAGGAAGAUAUGUUGGUCAUCACAAAGUAUAUUCAGGCCUAGUAGGCACAGCAAGAGUCAUAUGGAAAGAAGAGGGACUGCGCGGAAUGUAUAGAGGUUUAGGUCCUAUCAUUCUCGGUUACCUACCAACCUGGGCUGUCUGGUUCACUGUUUACAACAAGAGCAAGGUCUUCAUGGCUGAGAAAAAACUGCAGAAGAACCAAUUUUUCAUCAAUUUCUGGUCUUCAAUCGUAGCCGGAGCUAGCAGCACAAUAGUGACGAAUCCAAUAUGGGUAAUCAAGACACGGCUCAUGUCGCAAUCAGCGACAGGGUAUAACAAACAAAUGUCAAUGUUCCCACGAUCCGGUAAUACGCCAACCUCUAGGCCAACUAUUGAUACGCCAUGGCAUUACCGGUCAACCCUAGAUGCUGCGCGUAAAAUGUACUCUUCUGAGGGUAUCCUGUCCUUCUACUCUGGACUUACUCCAGCCCUUCUAGGCUUGACUCAUGUUGCAGUGCAAUUUCCAGCAUAUGAAUUCCUGAGGAAGAAGUUCACCGGCCAAGCCAUGGGUGAGAUGACUGGCGAUGAUAAGGACGGAAGCCAUUGGCUCGGUGUGCUUUCUGCUUCGAUAAUGUCAAAGAUCAUGGCUAGCUCAGCUACAUACCCUCAUGAAGUGAUCCGGACAAGGUUACAAACACAACGGCGGCCGACUCCCGGAAGUGAAUAUCUACAGGGACUAGGUGUCUCCGAAUCUACACCAGGGAGCCAGAGCCACGUUCCAAACAGUGAACGGAGCAUCAGCCUCCAGCCUAAAUAUCGAGGUGUUGUGAUGACAUUCCGCACCAUUCUACGGGAGGAAGGCUGGAGAGCGUUUUAUGCGGGUAUGGGUGUGAAUAUGAUGCGAGCUGUCCCAGCAGCAACGGUUACGAUGAUGACAUACGAGCUUGUUAUGAAGAAUUUGCACCGAGCACAAUCCGAAGGUCGACAAAGGAAGAAUCUAGAUGAAACGGCUAUACACGAACCAUAA